AAAAUUACCAACGAGAUGUCGUCGACUGCUGAAGAAAUGGCUGCCGCAUUCGAGCAAACCGGAGGACCGGAUCUCACCACUGGAAGCGGAAAGCGCACCAAGUCUGACAGAGUGGAGCACAAGCACGCAUCUCAGCCAGGAGGGGACACUCGCAAGGUUGUUCAAACCGCCAGCAACGGAGAGGCAAAGAGAAAAGAGAAGUGAAUCAUUCUUCAUGUGACUGCCCGACACUAUUUCUCUAUUCCACCACCGACUGCCCACUGAUUCAUGUUUUUUACCUUGUUUCUCGUUUCUUCAUUAUUUUUAACCGUAUUGUGUAAAUUUAAAAUUUGUAAAGUACCCACCGGCUAGGCUGUCUAGCAAUCGAUUUUUUUUUGUAUUUUAUUGUAAAUUCCCGAGUAAUUUUCUUCACAUCCCGUUUUUGUUCACAUCAAAUAAAUAUUUGUUUUGUG